CGAAACAAUAAUGGCUGAAAAUGACAAAGCUGACAGUGGUCUAGAUGUGUGGGAGAUCAGAAGUUUGUUAGUGCAGAGAGGAUUUCCUAAGCAAGCGCUUAAUGUAACGAAACUAAGGAGGAUUCUUACACAUGGAAUCGGAGAGGAUCGUUUAGCGAAAAAGGAAUCCAAUGAGAGCCUAAAUUCAAAAGAAAAGGACUAUACACCGAAAACAGCAAGAAAAACAAGAGCAAGAAAUGAAUCUUUGAGGCCAAUGAAGAGAAAGAGAGGAAUCUCGACUGGGAAAGUCACCAAAACAAAGAGAAGCCAAAACAAUGAUAAAUCAAAACCAAAAUCAAAUAAUCUAAACAAACAUCAGAAAAAUGAAGAACAACAACAUAAGCUUUCAUGCAACUUAAAAAGGGCAAAGAAAAACCAGAUAGAUGGUCCAGUCUCAAUAAUACAAAAUAAUAAAUCCUCACACGUAAAACCUCAUAAGAUAAAUCCAAACAGCGAAACUGAAUAUGUAAAAUUCACCACCAAGGGGGAUGGGAGGUGUUUAUUUCGCAGUAUUGCUGUUUGUUUAAGACCAGAUCUUCAAGUGGAAAGAAAGAAUGGGAUCAUAGAAGAUCCAAAGCUUAUGCUUCAGGAAACCUGUUUAGCUGACAAUCUUAGAACACAAGUUGUUCUAUAUGGUCUUGAUCACUAUGAUCGACUUUCGCAAGAAUUAACAGGAGAUAUUUUAAAGGCAGAUAUGCCUUCUGGCUAUAAUUUUGAUUCGUUUCUAGAAAGAUUAAAAUAUGUAUCAGAUGUCACCUCACAGGCUGGUGAGAUUGAACUGAGCAUUCUAUCUGAUGUCAUAAAUAGACGUAUAGAUGUCAUAGACAAGGCCAGUGGCAAUAUAACUUCGUAUGGUGAAAAAUUUAGUGAAAUGCCGCCCAUUUACGUACUAUAUGAAAGUUUAGAAGAAUCAUCAGGACACUACCUAGCGCUGAAAAAAUUAUAAAAAAGAGUAAUGUUCUUGGCAGACACGUUGGACUGUUGGACUGAUCAUCGCCUAAUAUAACAUCUAAUGCAGGGGUCUUAAACACGUGUCGUGGCCCGCGAAACAAAUUUGUGUGGAGUCUGUUGGCCUUAUUUUUCAGAGGCUUUUGAUAUCUUUCGUUAAUCAAUGAACACGAUUUUAUUAACAUAUUAAUUUUUAUGACUUGGCUCUAUGACCCAAUCAUGUGACAUGUAUAUUUGAGCAGUGUUGAUAUGGGUUGAUGCAUACAAAAUGACGAAAAUUAAUUUUGUAAGCUCGAACAAAACUUGAAGCAAAACGUUUUUAACAGCGAGCGUAGAUUAGAAAAAUGACUUACAUGGGAUGACAACAAUGAGAUGAUGGUAUUAAAAUUUCUAGAUGUAGUUUAGAAAGCAUUGUUCAUAACAUUUAGGAAAAAGUUAUCCCGUUAGAACUUUUUAUAUAUAAGCUCAAAUGUUUUAUGUCAUGUGGCCAGUUGAAAAAAUCAACUUACUUUACUUCUCUAGAGUAUGUCAGGUAUCCAUUGGAGUUGGAGUUGGACGAACAGAUGGCGGGAUUCGAACCCGAUAUCGCCAUCUAUACUACCUCUCAGUGUUACAUUUCUAAUGUUUAAUACUAACGCGAAUGUCGUGUAGAGCUUACUACUUGCACAACUGAUACAAUUCACUAAAGACACUGAAUGACACACUUGUAGCAGACGACAAAUUUAUUGAAUAGAAAUACUUGGCGGAUAAUCCAGCGACAAA